AGGAAAAUUGGAUGGCUGAGUGAGAACUGGUGGUUCUGAAGAAGAGGUCGUGGCUGAGGAUUGUAACAUGUCCAAAGAAAUGCAGGAACUGCAGAAGCACUGGCACUCCGUGGUACAGAUCAUCCAUAGCAAUGCAAAUGUUGUUGCAUUUAUGAAUUCUCGUGUUGGCCAGUAUUUAGAUGACCAUCCUUUUGUUGCCUUAUCACUCCUGAUGUUCAUUGCAGUGUCUGCUAUUCCUGUUGGAUUUUUCCUGAUUUUUGUUGUUACAACAGCUGUAAUGGCCUGUAUCGGUGUGAUAGUCAUGGAAGGUGUUGUAAUAGCUGUAGGUGGCAUAGCCCUCCUUUGUGUGCUGUGUGGCCUGGGGGCACUUUCCGUGGGAGUCUCUGGAGUUCUGAGUGUUUGCUACAUCACACUUUCAACUCUGGUCAACUACUGGUGUGCUUCAAGGGGUCAGAUAAGGAAGCAAGAUGUUAAUGGAAGUUUGCCACAGAACAGUCCUGUCUUGGAUGCCAGUAAUGGAAAAAGUGAAUAAGUGGCUUUCUUCCCACUU